GUGUGAGAUGGCCCUUAAACGCGUUUGAUUCGAAAGUAGUUAUCUUCAAGCGUGACACGUAGCGUCGAGUGUAUAUUAUACAGAGUGAGAAAAUAUACGAGAGAAUGUGAAAGAGAGAGGAAAAAUGGAAAAUGUGCAAGAAGACGAGAGAAAAAAAAACAAGGAAGAGACACGAUGUAAAGAGAGAAUUCGAAAACUUAGAAAAAGAUACGAGGGAGAAACGCGCGAAGCAACGGAAGAGGGAAAAGCUACGGAAGAGAAAAGAAUGCGAAGGAGAGGGAAAGUUAGCGCGAAUGGAUUCAGCGAGAAGCAGACAGAUGCGGAAGAUGAUAGAUAAGGAAAGAAGGAGAGAGAGAGAAAAGAAGGAAAAAGACGGGGCAGAUGGACAGAGUGACGGAGAGCAGCGAGCGAGACGGGGCGACGCAUGCGCGUGGCAUGGGUGUAUCUUCGGCUUUCCCCUUCCCGUGGCCGGCCUCGCGCGCCCCCCCACCCGCGUUACCCGUGUACGUUGCUCGACUCAGUUACCGGGCCGAUUCGCGAGUGUAGGGUCUUCGCGCUUUUUCGCUCCACGACGCUCUCGGUCGUCGUGAGAGCCUCGCGGCGUCGUUUACAGUUUUUUUACGCGAUCCCGGGACACAACGUCGCUGCGCGUCGCGACGCGACGUGUCGUGCCGCCGUUCCGUUUCUCGAGGUGAGAGAGAGACACGCGAGAGAGGGGUAGAGACGUGCGCGCGAAUGUGCCCUAGUUUCGUGCGGUCACAUGUGGACGUGGAGCGGAGUAGCGCCGCGGGGGAGGGACGCACCAAAGUUGAUCGCUCUCGUCGUGCCGGCGAGACCUUUCGCUCGUGAUUCGCGACGAUUCGGGUGAACUUGUGCAUGCGAAUAUCGCAUCGACUUGUGCGACGAGAGCCUAAUACGGAGAAAGUAUGAAGUGCGUCGGUGUCAGAAACGAUAUGAAGUCGGCGAUGCAUGAUCGAUGACGAUUGUCAAGUCGGCGUGAGCAGCUGCGAUCAUUCGCGAGUCUCGAGGUCUCCUUCCUCGCGAAAAAAGAUUGCCGAUCGUCGAUCCCGAUGACCGACAGGAAUCGACGUGCUCUCGUGCGCGCUUGUGUUUACGUGUAACGGUGCAAGGAUUCCAAAAAUCGAGCGAUUCGAACGUGUGUGCUCCACGAGUGGAAAUCGAACGCGCGCGAAUGGUGGCAGCAUUUGUGACGUACGCCUCUCGGCUCAGCUCGCGCGAUUAAUUCGUCACAUUGUGAGUGUGGAUUGAACGGCAAGGUGAAAAAAUAGGAAGCUCACCAGUUUGUGAUUUGUCAGGACAACGGCCUGGGACGCGGGAAUGCGAGAUUGAUCGAGACAUGUUCCGAUAGUUUCGAGCGUUGGUGGUUUGCUGGAAUAAGAAUGCCGCUAUGUCGGCGCAAGUGCGCAGUGUGACGACCGUCAGAUUACAUGCGACAGAACGAUUGUUUUAAAGAAGAUCGUACACCUGUGAUAGUGCAAGCGCAGAAGAGAUCGUGCGUUACACACGCCAUCGAGAGGGAGAAGCGCUCGAGGAUAAUGAAUCUAAGUGCUAACAGAAUGGAUACGUCAAGAGUUGGAAGAAUGGUGGGCUUGCUUUGGUUCGCCUUCUUUUUCGCUGGAGUUUUGGCCGAGGGAACCUUGGAAAAGUUACACGAAGAACACGUGCGGGAAUUCAGCUGCGGCAUGCUGUACUACAGGACGCUCUAUCUGGACAGUAAGAGGGACGCCCUAUACGUCGGAGCUAUGGACAAGAUCUUCAGGCUAAAUCUGAGCAACAUCAGUCAUUCCAACUGCGAGAGAGAUGCCCUGAAUCUGGAGCCCAGCAACGUGGCACAAUGCGUGUCCAAAGGCAAAUCGGAGCACUUUGACUGCCGGAACCAUAUAAGGGUGAUACAACCGAUGGGAGAUGGCAAUCGGCUCUACAUAUGCGGCACGAACGCCCACGCGCCCAAGGAUUGGGUGAUUUAUAGCAAUCUGACUCACUUACCCCGUCACGAGUAUGUUCCGGGAGUGGGAAUGGGUAUCGCGAAGUGCCCUUACGAUCCUGCGGACAAUUCGACGGCGGUUUGGGUCGAGAAGGGCAAUCCUGGGGACUUGCCAGCUCUUUAUUCCGGCACGAAUGCCGAGUUCACCAAAGCCGAUACCGUAAUCUUCCGCACGGAUCUCUACAAUCUGACUACCGGUCGCAAGGCGUUCAGCUUCAAAAGAACGCUCAAGUACGAUUCCAAGUGGCUCGACAAGCCGAACUUCGUAGGCGCGUAUGACAUCGGCAGCCACGUGUUCUUCUUUUUCCGCGAGACCGCGGUCGAAUACAUCAACUGCGGUAAAAGUGUGUACUCCCGUGUGGCGAGAGUUUGCAAAAGGGACACUGGUGGUAAAAAUAUACUCGCGCAAAAUUGGGCCACGUACCUCAAGGCCAGGUUGAACUGCUCGAUACCCGGCGAGUUUCCGUUUUAUUUCAACGAGAUACAGAGCAUUUACAAGGUACCAGGUGAUGACACGCAUUUUUACGGCACCUUCACUACAUCGACGAACGGAUUAAUGGGCUCCGCGAUAUGUUCCUUUCAUAUUAACGCUAUUCAAGAAGCUUUCCGCGGAAAGUUCAAGGAACAGGCAAGCAGCAGUAGCGCGUGGCUACCAGUCUUAUCCAACAAAGUUCCGGAACCGCGUCCGGGCCAAUGCGUCAACGACACGGAAACGUUGCCGGACACCGUUUUGAAUUUCAUAAGGUCCCAUCCUCUCAUGGACUCCGCGAUCUCGCACGAGAACGAAAAGCCGGUCUUCUACAAGCGGGACGUCAUGCUCACGCGAUUGGUCGUCGAUAAGCUUCGCAUCGACUUUGUCGGUAUCGAUCUGGAUUACACCGUCUACUACGCUGGUUCCAGCGAUGGUCGCGUUCACAAGGUGGUACAGUGGAUCGACAGUAACGGUGAAUCCCAGUCGAUCUUGCUGGACGUUUUCGAUGUCACGCCAGGCGAACCGAUACAAGCCAUGGAAAUUUCGAAGGAGCAUAAGGCUCUUUACGUAGCGUCGGAUCACCGGAUAAAGCAGAUCGAUCUGGUAAUGUGCACGCGACGAUACGACAAUUGCCUGCGAUGCGUCCACGAUCCAUACUGCGGAUGGGAUAAGGAUACAAACACGUGCAAACCCUACGAACCUGGGCUUCUUCAGGAUGUGUCAAACAGCACAGCCGACGUUUGCGACAGCAGCGUCGGCAAACGGAAGUUGGUCGUCACGUGGGGUCAGUCGGUGCAUCUGGGAUGUUUCGUAAAAAUGCCGGAAGUACUAGCGAAUCAAGAGGUACGGUGGUACCAUUAUAGUAAAGAGAAGGGCAGAUAUCAGAUCGCGUACAAGUACGGCGCCGGCGGCGACAAGUUCAUCGAGACUUCGGAGAAGGGUCUGGUGAUCGUCGGCGUGAACGAGCAGGACGCCGGGAGAUACGAUUGCUGGCUCGGCGGUGCUCUUCUGUGCUCGUACAACAUCACCGUGGACGCGCACAGGUGUUCCGCCCCCGCCAAGUCCAACGACUACCAGAAGAUCUAUUCGGACUGGUGUCACGAAUUUGAAAAGUACAAGUCGGCGAUGAAGAGCUGGGAAAGAAAGCAAGCGCAAUGCGCCUCGAGGCAAAACGACAGCAAUCAGAAUGUACACACGAAUGAGGUGUACGGCACGCCCCUCGUCUGAUGGAGCCGAUCGUUGGGUCCCUCGUCGAGCCGAGAUCACGAUGACGCCAUGAUACGCAUAAGCGUCCCGCCGAAGAAUCGCGGCUGGACCACGACCGGCUGGACGAGUCUGACCUUCUUGCUGGCCGGUCACGUUACCGCGCUCGGCUCGUUGGUCACCCGAGGUCUCUCGAGCGAUUGAGACCGAUCGUGAACGCGGAUUCGUGAACUGUGCGAUGAAAGGACUGAAAUCUGGUGAGUGCGAGAAACGUACGCGCGAUCGAUCGUGCAUAUUGAUACUAUUACUUGUGCCACUGUGCCCGAGAUUGCUUCUCGUCGCGCUGCCGAUCGCGAGUGAUCGUCGACGACUUCAUUGGCGGUCAGAAGAUAUCAGAGAUACUAUAUUCCAGUUUCGUUCUGGCCGCGCAUCCCGCUUUCCGUUACGUAUGUUUUUUUGUACUCGCUUAACGCUGUAAAUAGACGUGUCGCGCACGAGUCGCGCGAAAGAAAGAGAGAUCGGACGCUGACGCAGCGAGUGUGUUCUCGGCGAUGACGAGGUAAUACCGCGAGGAAUGCCGCCGAAAAAGUGAGACGAUUCUCGGCUCGUAAAUUUCAAUAUGGAUGCGCAUUCGCGGAAGAGUGGUUCUUCGGAAUGGACGGAUGGCAUCGCGGAUAAAAUUCCGUGAUGGAGACUGGUCGGUGUGGAAGCUGUUGCGGAGAAACGCACUUUCAUCUCUUCAGAUUUUUCAUUGAUUUGCGAGACUACGAGGAAUUGUGUACAUACGAUAUCGGAGCCUCUCGAUAGAUACCAUGUUGAUCGCGAUAUCACCGUAAUGAGAUAUCGAUUAUCAAUAAAAUCGUCGAGAUUAAGCGGUGCGUUCAAGAAUGGAAAGCGUCUUCUCCCGCAGUUUUUCGCAUCUGUGAUAGAAACGGCCGAAGAGAAAGAGCAAGACAAAGAGAGAGAGAAAGGACACGGAAGGAAAGUAUAAUUCUCUGACGACGAGAGAGAGCAUCGAUAGAACAACGGCCGUUACGGCUCGAGAAGACGUGAAACGUCGUGUCGAGAGAGAAAAACGAAAACGUGGCCAACGGCGCGUUUACGACGUCACGCAGGUUACAUAUGAGAUUAUUAUCGACCUUUAGAGAGACCUUCGUGCGAGCUGCGCUCUGUACUCGCGCGACGCUGGUUAGCUUUCCAUAUCACGUUCGCCACUUUUGCGGCGCGCACACGCCUAUUUUCUACUCUCGCACACCCCGCCUGCCCCCUCUCAAUACACCCCGACCCUCUCCUUACAUAUCCUUUUUUUCUCCCCUAUCGCGUCUCGACGAUCGCGCGAGCUCCCGCCUUGGGUUAUCUUUUGUUUGCCGGAACUUUCGUGCGCCGUUUCGAUCAUCAUCAUUAUUCUUCGGGUACCCGCGCGUACCGAGAGACACGGCGAAACGAUCGCGCGAUGACACCGCACUUUUACACGCGCGUGUACAUUUUGUCGAUAAGAGCACGCGUGUCGUGUGUCGGCAGAAACUUGAAAAUCGUCGUGCUCCGAUUGGCAAGAAAUCGCCCCGGAGUGUCUCUCCCGCGCGUCGUCAUCGUCGAGAAUUCUCCUCCUUCGAUCAAGGUGUUACGCGGAUCUACCCUUUUUUUCCGCGGAAAAAAAAACCGGUAAGCCUUGCGGUCUCGGACUCAAACGUACAUUUCCCGUCUCCUUUCAUCCGAUUCUUUCCCCCGAUGGACGCGCGCGCGCGUACGAGAAACGUGUCACGCACCUGACGAGCGACCCUAGUGUUGUACGCGCCGGUGCACUGUACAUAGUAUAUCUGAUUCCAAAAAUCACGUGUACACACUUUCCUUAGGUAAGUCUAAUAAUAGCGUAGAAUAUACAUGUUUGCUUAUUAGUUUUCGAUCAACACGGCCACGGAUCUCUCGUUGCAUCCCGCAGCGGUAUCGGCGGCACUAACAACUGCCCACUAAGAAGUAAACGUUGGGGCACACAUCGAGGCGAGCGAUCGUUUCGACGCGACUUCCGGACUCGACGCCGCGAGAGCGAGCUGGCAUGUCGAGUCGGCAUUGCGUUUCCAACGUGUUUUUAAUUUAACUACGCAGGUAGAUUGCUGACUGAAUCGAGCUCGUGGCGUGGCGUCCAUGAAAUUUGCUUCCCAAAAUCACACAUCUGGGAUCUUUUAGCUUACACUUGAUUCGUCUCAAUAUUGGGAUCUCAGUAUUUUUAUUACGUAUUAUUCUAUUUCCCUUAUUUUAUCGUCGCUAGAUUUCGCGUUAACGCUCUUAUUUCUCACAACGUUCGGAAACAUUCCGAACUGACACGGAUACGAGAGUGCGUUUUUGACUUUGUAAUUCUCUGUGUAUAUAGAUAUAACAACGUUAUAUUUUUAUAAAAAAAUAAUCUUGCCGAGAAAGACUCAUUGUGAAAAGUAACAUGUUUUUAAUUAGUAUUCGCACUCAAUCUCUCAAGUGGACUGACCGCGAAAAAAAAGAACAACGUUUCCGAACAAGUAAAUAUUCUUCGAAUCUCGAUACACGCGCAAAACCGACGGAAAAUUUAUUUGUCGCGUUUCACCGCUAAUUUCAACGCCGCCAUAAAUGCAUAUAUACGUCCUCGUUUAGUAAUCGUCCAUGAAAAGCAUGCAUGAUACAGACUUACAACACACCGUAGUGGAAUUAGCGUUCGUGUUAGCGUCCGUCCGACUUUUCCUCGGAGAUCGACAUACAUUUUGCAGUCAACGCGACAACAAACGUCUAUCGGUCAUUCUCUCAUUUGGCGCGGUUUGUCAAACGAUCGACGUAUCGAGAGAGAGCACCCAGCCAGCCAUAAUCAUCAUAUACAUAUAUAUAUACACACGUAGGCUAUAUAAUAAAUUGUAGGGGAGGCCAUGACGCCUCUCUCUGUACACAGAUUUUCGAUUCUCUGAAGCAUCGGUGAUAGUUUCUCCCUUAUCAUUGCGUUUGUACAUAGAUACAUUUUUGUUAUCGUAGUAUUCACGCAGUAUCCUCGAUAUAAUGCAUCAGCGCGAAAAGCGAUCGAGCCUGGAGACUGUUAUUAACUUCUGUACAGAAAUUGUCGCAGUCGACGAUUUACAUACUUUUUGUACCUAUAAGGCUCAACCUAUGAUACGCGAGAGGGGUCUCCGACUGAGAGAUAAAAACCCCUCGUAGAGGAGACUUUAGAGAUUGGAAUAACGGAGUACACCUAGACUUUGGAGAGAUGUAAGAGUAACACAAUAAUCGGUAAUCUAAUCCUCGAGUAUGUACUUAUUAUGAGCUUCAACAAGUAUUGAAUAGUAUUACGUAUGUAAGGAUUAAGGCUAAACGCACGUUAAGAACGAAAUCGAGAGACCGGCUGGCCGCGACGUCGCGCGGAUCCACGAGGAUCUCACUCGCGGAAUUUCCGCGCGCAGUCUCCGCGCUUUUUUAGCGGGAAUGCUCCUCGUCGAUCCGCUCGGUCCCACACGUACCUACAAAUCAUCCUCAAACAAAUUUCUCCAGCCAUCAAUCGACGUCCCGGAUCGUAUCGGAUCGCAGACGCGCCUGGAGAAGAGAAGCGGUCGAGAGAGUGUUUGGAUGGAUAUGCGUAUGCGCGUGCGUGCGUGGGUGUGUGCGUGUGUGAUCGCAUGAUGUGUCAAGGAUUGAUACGUAAAGAAUAAUAACUUACCUAUCGUGUAUCUAAAGAAAGUUAUAAAAAGAGUAAAAGCAAACUUAAUAUUACGAUAGAAUAGUAAAGUACACGAACUUUGGCUAAGAACGCCCUCGUGCAGUCCUUACUGGCCACGUCAUGUCAACCGCGUGUUUAUAGUAACGCAAAGAGAAAUCGGUAUCGAUCCUGAAACGAGAAACGGUCUCCUUUUCCUUUUCGCUAGACGCGAGAGAGCCGAGUGUCCGACGCGAGUGCACGAGGGCGCCCUUCGGGUUGGAGUAGGCGUGAUCACGGAAAGCAAUCUAAGUUGAAUCUAAAGUUGUUAGAUAUAUUAUUUGUAAGAUUACUGUAUGUUGCGCGUGGAUGCGAUUGAUGCGGCGGGAUAUCGCGAGCGGAACGAUCGAUUUUGGCGAGAAAAGCCUACCCGGUGAUCAUCGGAGCAAAUUCUGUCGCUGUUUGCGGAGAUACGAGCUCGAAACUCAUUUUUAAUGAAAAAAAAAAAAAAGAAAAGAAAAGAAGAAACAUCGGAGACAUCGCGUCUACGAAAUCCCAGUCGAUUAUCCCGCAACGUCGACCGCGAAGGCGAGAUAGAUUAUAGCUCGGUUUAAUGUAUGCGAUGCGAGACAAUUUUGAAUAACGCAACAUGAUAGUUACUCGCGUACGGGAAGGGGUUGGGGGGCGGGAAAGGAAGAGACGCCCUAACUGAAUAAUUAGUUACGACGAGACAUACUAUUACGAUGCAGAGGGAAAGACAGAAAGAGAGAGAGAGAGAGAGAGAGAGAGAGAGAGAGAGAGAGAGAGAGAGAGAGAGAGAGAGAGGGAAGUGAAGGAUAGCCGAUAACGAUUUAUUAAGAUAUAUCACUAGGACUAGCCGACGACUGUCUUAGGUUUCGCGAGUGGUUUUGGAAACGUAGAUUUAUUUCUCAGGAGGGGGUGAGAUAUGGAACGGGGAAGGAGAUUCGCUGUGUACUCUCUUCACUUUUUUUUUUUACCGCGAAGAUUAGCGGAAGAACGAGAAAAUGUGAUCUGUUUGACCGAUUUCCUCUUAAAUUUCUCCCGCCUUUCUUUCCGCUCUCGUGUCAUCGGCACCGUUUUUCUCCCACGAUCGUUUUUUUAAUUCGCUCCCCCCUCCUUUUUUACGAUAUAUCUUGCCUUAAAACAGAAAAUUGGAGCAAACUCGCUCGCGCGCGCGCGCGCGAGAUUAAUAGUCCGUUCGUAUCGUGGAAAAACUCAUCCUUCAUCAUCGCCGUAUUUUUCUCCGUCUUUUCGGUUCGCUUCUUUUUUGCAUUCUGCUCGUUCCUGUCGACAGCAGAGCGAUCAAGGGUGGAAAUUAGGGACGGGCGGUAGCGCGCCGUGAGUCGUUUCCAAGCUCGUAGAAGCCGAUAUGCCGCUUACGGGAAUUCAAUUUAGUACCGCACGGUAAGGGACGGAUCCUUCGCAUCGCUCGAGGUAAAGCCGCCGUAAGAGCGUGCAUCGGCGCAUCGGCAGUUUUGUUUAUGGAACGUACUCGUGAAUAUCGAUCUUCCUCGAAGCGCCUCUGCUAAACGUGUUGUGUUUGUUCGCAUCAGGCGAUAUGUUUAUCGAUUAAAUUAAUUCGGCCACGCAUAUGUCACGCACAUCUUGCGUCUGUCGAGAAUGAAGAUACAUUUUUUUUUAUGCUGUGCGAAGCAUAAUUUUUCGAAAAAUUGCGAUUAACACUCGAGAAAUCACCCUCAUCUUCGUGUAAAAAAAAUCAAAUUUUUUUAUUAUUUAUUGUAAGGGAGUGUGUUUCGGAAAUAUUUGUAAUAUUUGGCCUGAAAUAUUGUAAAUAUUUGAGGUCGAAAUGAAAGCGAUUAUAUUAACGUCAAUGUUUAAUCUGCAAUUUAAUAUACAGAUAUACGCCCCGAUUAUAUGAUCGAUCGAUUCACGGUACGCACCGCCUAAAAAUUCAGACUUAUCGACACGUAUGUGCGAUUAUCAUCGUUAAUAACACGACCGUAGAUAAUUUUUAGUUCAAAGAAUUUCGUACGAUAAGAGACCCUUUUAGAUAUUCACCUAUUACCUAAACAUCCAAUCGCUAUUUUUAUCAAAAAAACAUGUUAAAAAUCUUUAAUAGUUAUCCAUUGUUCACUAUUGCUAUAAUAAAGUUUUGCUUUAAUAAAUGA